ACAUCAUUAUCUGCCUAAAGGAUCUACAAUACUGCUGGGCUGAAGCGCGCCAUCUUCACCGUUGAUAGAAUAAAUCAAGAAUGAAUGUCAAGGGAUUGCGGAGGACCUGAUUUGCCGCUACCGAGAUAAUUGCUUUCGUGUGUCAUUUCUCAGCAGUGCCGGUGUUUGGUUAAAGGGAUACGGUGGUAGUCUACCGUUGAUGAUCAACCUGACAGCGGGAGCCUCCCAUGACAGGCAAACCAAGUGAUGCAGCGGAACGUACGCGUGUUUUUCUUGUGUUGGGAAACGCGAAAUGAAACAACCGGGAGCGAAAGGAGGAAAGGCUCGUGUGUAUUUAGGGAAUAUAACACCAGAGUGACUUUAUAUUUCCCUUUCGGAUUUAAGUCAUUGCAUCAAAAUUUCCAUUACGGAAUGCAACAGAAUCGGUGACCAAGGAUACUGGACGAUUUGCUGGCUGCCAUCUGCUGCUCAAAGAAGAAAUAUGCUAUUAGAAUCCAUCCAACGUCUUUAUACUCCUAUGGAAACAGCAACUCUGGCAGAAUAUGAAGAGAGAAAAAUGGCAUUCUAUCUAGAGGAUUGUAUUUUGUGAGCAUCUCUUGCUUGCUGCGUAACAGUAACAAUAUUUGAGUUUCUCCAAUGACUCUCUAUCUGUUGUUUAUAUUGAAUUUUAGUGGUAUUUAUUUGUCUGAAACCACAUGGCUGCUAUUUGUUUUGCAUCUCUUCUGAAGAGAGAGAAACAGAAAAGAGGACUGUUACAUGCAAUAUGCCUAUAUUCACACCUUAAUAAAUGAUUUAAUACACAGAUGUUGAUGGAUGAGCAGUCAUACUGGGGCUAAUAACAGCAUCGCAUCAUGUCAAUCACCUCUGUCAAUCAAAUGUUAUUUAUUAUUUAUACAACACUUAACAGCAACCGGGACCUCAACCCCUCCAAGGAGCAUCAGAGGUGACGUCAGUGGAAGAACUCUGGGGAUAUGGGAACGCCAUUCAUUCAUCUUCAGGAAAAUGGAAGUUUAAUACAAAGGUUCCUGUUUAUCAUACAAAAUAAAGGUGUUUUCUGCAUUAGACUAAAGUCUUCACACAAAACACCAAGCUUAGGUGAAUGACCUCCGUCUCGACUGUGUGUGUGUGGAAUGCUGGACAUCAGAAUGAAGGAGGCGUGUCGUAUCUGCGCGAGGGAGCUCUGCGGUAACCAACGGCGAUGGAUCUUCCACCCCGCCUCCAAACUCAACCUGCAGGUGCUCCUGUCCCACGCCCUGGGGCGAGAGCUGAUCCGCGACGGCCGCGGCGAGUUCGCCUGCUCUAAGUGUGCCUUCAUACUGGACCGCAUGUAUCGGUUUGACACGGUGAUUGCCCGGGUGGAGGCUCUGUCCAUUGAACGGCUGCAGAGGCUGCUCCAGGAGAAACACCGGCUACGGGGCCUCAUCGGUGGCCUCUACCGGAAGACCAACAGGGAGGAUGGAGGCGGUGGUGGAGGGGCCGUUACUGGGCCUGGGGAUACGGGAGGAGGGGGAGGAAGGGUACAGGGGGAUGGUAUGGUGGACAUGUCUGGUCUGACCCAUGCUAAGUACUGUGCCCUGCUCCAGGAGGACUUGGUGUACUCUUUGUAUGAGUCCUGGGCUGAGGAGGGGUUAGAGUUCGGGGGUCACCAUCAUCAUCAUGGGCAUCCCCCUCAAUGCGCAGGGCCUGCGUCAGAGUUGACAGCUGUGGGGUCACAGCGCUGUGGGACUGUCACGCGUUCACCCAGGAAGUGCCGAGGGUGCACGGCGUGGCGAGUGGCAGAUUCAGACUACGAGGCUGUGUGUAAAGUACCCAGGAAGUUGGCACGGAGUAUUUCCUGUGACCCAUCGACGAGGUAUUCGGUCAGCGUGAUUGGAGGAGGACGUGCAAGUGGAGGAGGAAGAGGAGGGGAGAAAGAUCCAGAGGGGACCCUCUCCUCGCUCACUCUGAUCCCUGGGUCCAACCCUACGCACCGGGCUUCGGACAGCGACCGUACCCUGGUGGGCCGAGCCAGCUCCAGCCCCUCUAUAGACUCCCUGGACAUAGCCGGAGAAUCUACCCAGCUGUCUGCAAUCCAAGAUGGGGACGAGGGGCUAGAGUAUCCCCAGGACCCCCUGGAUGAUCGGUUCUCCGACUCCCUCUCCGAGGAGACUCCACUAAGGUCGGCCACCCGCCUCUCACUGGCCCUCUGCCUGGUCCAGAACUGUGUGUACCGGCCAGUCCAGAGCCCCAAGGGAAGCAGACUGCCUGUACUCAACAGACAGAGCCCCAGCAGCGGAGGCUCCAGAAUGAGCUUCCAUGAGCCGGCCUUGGGGUUGCUGUAUGGAGGUCUGAAUGUGCCCGACCUGGAAGCCCCUCUGAUCAGGCUGGAUGGAGGGAUAGAUGGGGGUCUGGACCUGGCUGAGAUGGAGGAGCUGUGGGAGGAUCUGUAUCAUGAGUGUCCUCCCCCACGCCCCCACCAGACUCUGAUCGAGGAGCAGCAGAGCCAGUUGAACCAGUAUGAGUGUGCAGCAGGUCAGUGUGUCAGUGAGCUGCAGAAGGCCCAGCUGCAGGUCCAGUCCCUGCAGACCAAGAGCCAGGAGAGCGAAGCCAACAACGCGAAGUUGCAUGAGAAGCUCAUUGAGAUGGAGUGUGAACUGCGUUCCAUCCGCCAGGGAGCUCAGAACCAGGAGCGCACCAUCCAAUGCCUGACCGAUUCUGUCAGUACCAAGGAUAACGAGGCCGAGGAGCUGUACCAGCUAAUUGAGGGGCAGAACGCCACACUGUGUAAGCUGAGAGAGAUGGCCCACCGCAACCAGAUCACACACACUGAGGCUCCAGAGGGGGGCAGUGAGGGUGCGAGUUUAGCCCAGCUUCAGGGUGAGUUGGUGGGGUUACAGAGCUCUCUGUUCACCCUGGGUCUGGAGCUGGAGGCCAGUCAGAGAGCCCAGAGAAAGAGCCAGAGUCAGGCUGAGGACCUAAGCAGAGCUAAAGACAGACUCCACUCUGACCUAAAGGAGGCACUGCAGCACAGGGAGGUCACCGACAAACACAACCAGGACUUGCGCAGUGCCCUGGCUCAGUCUGGCUUUGAGCUGCGGGCUAAAGAGGCUCAGCUGGAGGAGAGUAAGGCGGAGAGACGUACAGAAGUUCAGGAGAGAGACAAGAACAUCACCCAGCUCAAACACUCCCUUCAGGACAAGGAGAGGCAGCUACAGGAGUACUCUGAACUCCUGGAAUCAGCAGACAGCUCCAAACCCAGAGAUGCUCUGCUGGACAAACUGAGAGAACGCAUCAGAGACAGGGACAGGGCAUUGGAGCGGUCUAUAGAUGAGAAGUUCAGUGGUCUGGAGGAGAGGGAGGAGCAGGUGAGGAAACUACAGCUGGCCCUUAGAGAGAAGGAGCGAGACCUGGAGAGACUGCGCUGUAUACUGUCCAACAACGAGGAGACCAUCACGAGUCUGGAUGCGUUGGUGCGGGGUAAGGAGCUGGAUGUGGAGCAGGCAGCAGAAGCUCACAGGAACCUGCAGUGGCUCCAGCAGCAGAGUGAGGAGAGAGAGAAGAGCACUCUAAGAGAGAGAGACACGCUCAUCAGCCAGCUACAGACUGCCCUGCAGACACGCAGCCAGGAGACACAGGACCUCACGGCAGCCCUCCUGGCUAAGGUCCAGGCAGGCCCCAGUGGGGUGGUGGAGGAGCUGAAGGCUCGCCUCGCGCUGAAGGAGAAACUGUUUCAGGAACUGCUGUCAGACCGCAGCCGCCAGAGCCACGAACACCAAGCACAGGUCCAGGAUCUGCUCAGCACCAUCAGCACUAAGGACCAGUACAUACAGGACUGCUCUGAUAGGCUCUCUCAAGUGAUUGACGAGCGGACGGGCCAGCUUCAGGAGCUGCGCAGGCAGCUGUCGUCACAGGAACGGGAGAUGGGUGAGCUCCGGAAGGAGAGGGAGAAGGAGAGAAUGGGAGAGGCAGAGCGACUGCAGGACCUGCUGAAGGAGAAAGAGGCUUUUAUCCAGAGUCUGAUGCAGAGCCAGAAGGAGAGCAUGGAGCUCUCCACACCAGAGGGGGCAGAAGAGGUACAGGCCAUUCGGGAGGAGCUGCAGCUGGUCAGGAAGAAGGAGAAGGAGGCUCAGCUGGAGAUUUCAGCCCUGCGUUCAGCUCUAGCUCAGGCCCAGGAGCAGGCCCAGAAGCAGGGAGAUAGAUUUAAGAUCCUGGCCCCAGGAGUAGUAGCCAGGGAGCCCUCCAACACUGACCACCAGAGUGUAUUGGAGCAGUUGGUCAGUGAGUACCACAGGCUGAACGAUGCUCUGAGGGCAGAGAAGAGGCUAUACCAGAGUCUGAGCCACAUCCAGGCCAGAGGAAACAGCAGCUCAGAGAAGACCCGGGCCCUGCACACCGAACUGGACUCUGUUCAGGCACUCCGAGGGCAGCUGGAGGAGGUCCUAGCCAGGACCCGGAAGACCGCCCUGGCACUGGAGAGGGCAGCUAAGAGGCAGUCUGACUUUGGAGAGCUCAGCACGGAGGAAGAGGAGGAGGGAGAUGAUGAACAGGGCAGCACUGAUGAGUUCUCAGACAGUAUCGAAGACGAUGAGGAUAAACUGACUGCCAAAAGCCUGGCCUCCACUAAGAACUCUGGAAUGGCCUGUGGGCGGGGGGUGCUGUCUGGAGGACCUGUGAGUGGAGCACUGUCCCAGGGGGCCAUGGGACAGGUGAAGCAGCUGGCUGAACAGAAGAGGGCAAUAGAAGAAGAACUGGAGGAGAUGAGAACACAGCUGGAGACCACCGGCUACUCCUCCCUAGCCCAGAUGAGGAGUACACUGCUGAGGCUGCAACAAGAGAACGAGGCCCUAAAAGAGAACCAAGGGGGGGUAGAAGGUCUAGGAGAGCUGGAAGAUCCAACAGACACGUGCCAAGGAUGGGAACAGAAAGAGGACGAGGAGAUGGAGGAAGAGGUACUACCAGCAGUGGGACCCACCCAGAGCAAGCGUGGGCCCCCAGCAGGAAGGAUGAGAGAGGGAAGGGGAAAGAGACAGUGUACCAGACCUCACUCCUUAGACCUGGGAACUCUCCUGUCCCACCGUCAGCCAGACCACACAGAGAAGGAGGCGGGGUCUGAUGAUGUCACUGGUGAUGUGGGCGGGUUCUGGCAGCAUGUGGAGACGGGUCUCCGUGAGCAUGUGGUUCGUCUGCGUUCUGAUUUGGCGCUGAGCAGACAGGAGAACAGAGAGCUGCAGGAGAGACUCAUGGUGUCUGAGGCCACGGUACACGCACAGGCUGAACAACUCAAGGACUACAGGGAACUACUGACGGAGACAUCAGUUGAGCAGGACAGUAAGCAGGUCCAGGUGGACCUACAGGACCUGGGCUAUGAGACGUGUGGCCGUAGUGAGAACGAGGCAGAGAGAGAGGACGCCAGCAGCCCAGAGUUUGAUGAUCUGGAGAUGUGUACCUCACUGAGCCACCAGCAGGACUAUGAGCGUGCCGGGGUUUGGUUCCAUGGUGAUGGGGGGGUGGGCGGGGCUUAUGAAGAGGGGGAGGAGUCCGUGACAGGCUCUCUACAGCAAUUGGUCCAGGACCUGCGUUCUAAGCUGGCCCGCUGUCACAAGGUGAUUCGUGGGUUGCAGCUACGGGUGCGUUCACUAUCCACCACCAGCGACUACGCAUCCAGUCUGGAACGCCCCCCGCGCAAGGUGAACUGGGCAUUCGAGGCCUCCCCGGCCCCCAGCGGUGUGGAGGAGGAUGAGGGCUGGAUGUCCGACAGCCUGGGGCCUCACAUGGAACCCAAGCCCAGCCGGGAGCUGCGAGAGCUGAUGUCCCGAGUGGCCUCACUGGAGGCCCAACUCAAGAACUCCAGGCUGGAGGGGAAAGGAGGGGCGGUGGAGGAGGGGAAGUGUGCUACCUGGCCUGGGAAGUACAACACUCUGAUCCAGGCACAGGCCAGGGAGUUGUCCCACCUGCGUCAGAAGAUGAGGGAGGGCCGCAGAGUGUGUCACAUCCUCACACAGCACCUGGGAGACACCACCAAGUUGAUUCGACAGGCGUUUGAGGAGCUGCUGCGUGCCAACGACAUUGACUACUACAUGGGGCAGAGCUUCAGAGAGCAGUUGGCACAGAGCACUGCCCUGGCACAACGAGUUGGCGUCAAGAUCAGUGGGUGUGACCGUGCUGAGCUCCAUGAUGAUAAGAUGGGCCAUGAGCUGCUUGCUUUACGGCUAAGUAAGGAGCUCCAGCAGAAGGAUAAGAUCAUCGAGUCGCUCCACACCAAGCUACAGCAGCGUUCCGACACCCCCUGCAGCAGCCACGCCCACUCAGAGACCACUGACCAAUCAGACAGGUCCUCCUUUGUGUCAGACGAGUGCCGGACCAAUGAGGACCUGGAGCUAUGCUCAGAUGUGGACGAAGCCAGCGAAUACGCUCAGGAAGAGCAGGGACAGGGGGCGAAACAUGGCCCAGGAAACACAGACAUCCACCACCCCCUCCCUCCACCCUGUCUUAAGUCCUCCAGCAGCUGCCCUAACAUGCUGUACUCCACCCCUGAGUUGGCCAGUCAGACUGGUCCUGUGUCCUGCUCCCUACCCGGCUCCCAGUCCCUCCCCGGCCUGUACCCUAACCAUGACACCUGGGGUCAGAAUAUGAUAUUUAACCCCCAGACCAGGACCUUGUCUAUGGAAGCGAUGCAACAGGAGCUGGAUACCCUGCACAGACAGAUGACUAUGAAUGAGAACAUCUCUCCCAUAUCCAUGGUUACAGGCUUUGUGGUUCCGCACGCCAAGGCUCUGUCCAACCUCGCACCAGGCGCCCACCACCAGCCAGACCACUCCCCUUAUGGCCAGAUUACCCAUCAUGCCUUUUACCCACACCAGCUAGGCAGCCGACCCGCAGGCCAAGCCCUGAAGGCCAACACAGGCCUGGUGGAGAAUGGUGCAUUGUGGGAUAUGGAGAACAUGGUUCAGCCAGCCAGGGUUGGGUCAUCAGGAAACAAUUCAAGAAACAGCAUCACUGGUGUGGACCUGAUGGAAGAGCACCUGAGAGAGGUGCGGUGUCUGCGUCAGCGUCUGGAAGAGACCAUCAGGACCAACGAGAGGCUCAGACAGCAGCUGGAGGAACGCCUGGCCACCACCGGCCGCGACGGAGGAGCCCCCACUAACAUCUACAUCCAGGGGCUGGACUCUGUCAGCCAGCUGUCCAAUGAGAUCAGAGUCCUGAAAGAGGAGAACCUGGCUCUCCAGGCACACCUGCAGGCCAGCUCAGAUACGUGUGAGGAGGCGGAGCAGCUGCGUGAGGUGGUGGUGACGGGGCGUGCGCGCCUGAAGCAGGCGGAGCUAGAGGCGGAGCAGUGGAAGGAGGAGCUCCGACGACUGCAGACACACAGCCAGGAGCAGGGACAGCAGAUACACACACUCAGACAGGAGAGGCAGAAUAGCCAUGACAAGAACACUAGGCUCCAGCAUGAGGUGUCCCUGCUGCAGCAGCAGUUGUGUGAAAGCAGGGAGCUGCUCCACUCACUGCAGAGUGAGCUGCAGGUGUACGACAGAGUGUGUGCCAACGCCAAGGGCAACCCAGGGUACCUGUGUGAGGGCCAGUACGAUGGGGUCCCUGCCCUGCCCGUGGAGCUGGGGGAGCUGCUAGGGGAGGUGAGGAGCCUCAGAGCACAGCUCCAGUCCAAUGUCCAGGAGAACAGUGUCCUGAAACAGCUGGAGCUCCACAAACACCUGGAGCAGAAGCUGGGAGGUGGGGUCCACGGAGGGGUGGGGGUCAUUGGGGGGGAUGGAGCCCCCACGUACCUCGUCUCUCAGUGCCUUUACAGCCAGCCCCCAGAGGGACAGCCUCUACAGACGGCAGCUACGGAAUGAUCUGGACCCCCACUCAGAGCUGGAGGGUGACGCCCCGGACGGCUCGUUCUCUAACCGGAACGGGCGCCAUGCCAUCGGGCACGUGGACGACUACAGCGCUCUGCAGCAGCAGGUCCUGGAAGGGAGGAGUCUGGUCCAGCGAAUGGAAACAGCCCUGCAGGCCUGCCUCAGCCAAUCAAUGCUGGAGGGCAGCCAGGACCAGGUCCUCCUGGACUAUGGGUGUGUGAGGAGUCUGCUGUCUAACACCAAGACCCUGAGACAGAUCCUAG